UUUUCCUCUCUUCGCGUCUUCCUUACUCCAUUUAUUAAACCAUUCCUGUCUUCCUCCGAAACAGAGCAAGGAAGAAAAUGGUGCCGCCUUCUCCCUUCCCUCCCCGCCUUUCCUUCCGCCUCUACCACCUCCUCCUCUACCACUAAACCUUCGAAGCUACUUCUUCCAUUCAACCCCCUGAAUUCCCAAUUCCCAAUUCCUUCCCGGAUCUAAAAUCACCUUUCUGCCCUGCACUCCCCUGCCGAUCAGACCAACUCGGGUCACUCUUAAAGUUCAAAACUUUUUCUUAUGGGAGCUGGUUUCUCCGGCUUACUUGAUCGAAACGACGGGAGAACCACUCUCGGCGACUUGCCGGAGAGCUGCGUUGCCUCCAUUCUCAUGUACUUGGACCCGCCGGAGAUUUGCCGGCUGGCCAGGCUGAACAGGGCGUUCCGCGGCGCCUCGUCGGCCGACUUUGUCUGGGAGCCGAAACUUCCCUCCAACUACAAUUUCCUGGUGGAUAAAGUACUGGGAGAGAAAACGACGCCGGAGAAGAGCAGCUUGAGCUGCCGGAAGGAGAUUUACUCCAGGCUCUGCGCGUCCAAUUGCUUUGCCGAUGACGCCAACAAGAUGGUUUGGCUGGAGAAGAGCAGCGGGAAAGUCUGUGUGUCGGUUUCGUACAAGGCAAUGAGGAUAACGGGGAUCGAUGACCGGCGAUAUUGGGCUCAUAUUCCCUCCGACGAGUCCAGGUUCAAACAGAUAGCGUAUCUUCAGCAAACAUGGUGGUUAGAAGUGGUUGGCGAAUUGGACGACUUCCAUUUCCCCGUUGGCACCUACACCGUCUUCUUCAAGCUCCAGCUCGGCAAGCCACCCGCCGCCUCCAAACGGUUCGGCGGUGGCCGCCGACACGUCAGCAACUCGGACCAGGUUCACGGGUGGGACAAGAAACCGGUCAGGUUCCAGCUGUCGACAUCCAACGCCCGGCAAACCGCCUCGUCGGAGCGCUACUUGGUUGAGCAGGGCAGUUGGGCCCACUACCGCGCCGGCGAGUUCACCGUCGACGACCCGAACUCUCCGACGAGGAUCAAGUUCUCGAUGAUGCAGAUUGAUUGUACGCACACGAAAGGCGGGUUGUGCUUGGAUUCCGUCCUCGUUUGUCCUAAGGAGUUUGGUGACGGCGGCGUGCUGAUGAAGCAACUCUGAGUUUAGGGAAGGGGAAAAGAUAUAUAUAUAUUACGUAAUAUUUGUAAAUAAUUACAGUGAGAUUAAUUAUAUUCAUUGCUGUUUGUUCGUGAGGCAGAGGUGUAUUAACAGAGUGAAAAGGAUGGAAGAGAAAAUUAGUGUAAUUUAAUUUGCUCGUGGAGGAAAUGUAGUGUUUGUUAAAUUGAAUAGAAUCCAUGGAAGUACGUUGGCCGAUCUUGUUCUCCAUGUGCAAAGGAAAAGAAGCUUGUCGUCUUCUGCUGGUUUCUGACUUCUUAAGGAUUCGGUUUCCAUGGAAGUAAAGAUAUGAUUGUCUGUUUCAUGAUUAUGUUCCUUAAUUCACACACGUUUGAGUUUUGACUAUGAAGGUUUUACAGCUUGGAGGAGAG